UACGCCACGAUAACCAAUAUGGCGGCAACAAUGAAUUGUGUUGAACAUUGGGGAGAACUCGAUCCUCCUUUGCCAAAAACAGCCGGUCUACACGUUGAAAUGACGGAGCCUAAAGCUGCAGAUUACGAAAUACCAAGACUGCAUCAGCCAUCUUCGGAACACUUCCCACCAAAAGACGAGUAAGUGAGAGAAGGUGGACUUGGUUAACAGACUUCAGUUGCUAAGCUUGGUCGAUAGUUUAUCGUCAAUUUAAAUCAGACGAUUUCAACAAUGAGAUAGAAUUUAAAGAAAAGUGUAUAUCUAUUUGCUUUUAUGACUGAUCUGUUUUAUUUUAUUAUAGAUUGCCAAUGAAGUUUAUGGCGUCUGUCAAACCGCCACUUGAUAAACACUCACAGAACCUAACACUACACUGUAUUGAACUACAGCAUCACAAACGACGUAUGCGCCUGAUGUUAAUGGCAGCCCAACAUCAACAUGGAGAGGGAACGGUACAAUGAUAGACUUAUUAUUAUUGUGUGCCUUUGCUUUUUUUUCAAAAAAAUCACUGAAUGCUCAAUAAAUGCUCACUUGGUUUAGUUAUUGAAACAAAAUUGUAAUCGGGAUACAUCCUCCCUCCAAGAGGGGAGAUUCGAUCGAGUGUUGUAAAAUUAAAACUAAAGUAAUCAUAACAGUCAAUCAGAGGUAGGGAAAAUGUACAAAGAGCCAGUUGGAACCUAUAGUUAAAACAUGUAAACUGCUUGUAGCACAGAAAAACACAUAUGACCAAGUUAUGAUUGAGUGGAGAGAGCUGAAAACCUUGACACUUGUCAGGAACUUUCAUGGACUCAUACAUGAACCCCUAACGAUGCCAGACUAAGAUGGAAGAGUUUUUGAAAAAUUGAAAAGGGGUGUGCUUUUAUUCUUGGAUUAGGACACAAGAAGAGAGUUACACACAUAGUUUUGUGUUCAAAAACAAAACAGGAAUGAUGAAAAAUGUUAAACUAUUAAAUUCAUACUAAUUAUGACAGUGUGAGAGCGACUCUCUGGUCAUCACAGUGAAGAAAGCCUCAGAAAUUACAUUGGCCACCCUUUGAGUGAACAACUAAGAGCUUGUUCUGACAACACUGCUGUUUGUAUUGAAAAUAAAGUUUGUUUUGAAAAUUGAAAGUAAUGCAUGGGGAAUUUGAUGGAUUCUCUAUUACAAAACAAGUAGAGAAGCCUUGAUUGUGGUCUGUUCUGUUGUAAAGCACUUAGGAAGCAGUUAGAGAACUCAAGAAGUGCAGAGAAACACUUGACUAUGUCUUGUGUUUCUCCUACACUUCUUUUGCACUCUAGCCACUUCCUGUGUGUUUCACAACAGAACAGAGCACAAUCAAUGCUUCUCUAUUUGUUAAUUAUAUCGUUUCUCAUUUUGCAUCAAUUUUAUUUGGCUAAUAAAAAUGAAUGAUUUCUGUCUUCCUUGGGUUAUUUUAUCAGAAAUCAGAUGGUGCUGAAGCUCCUUCUCUUCCUGCUCAUCCACCAAGAUCCAAGCGAUUCUGCUCCAGUCAUGGAAUUGUCACACCACCUAUGCAAACCACUAUUCUCUCACGAGCUCAAGAAACUGUAAAGUAAGAGGAAUAAGAGUUCAUUGAAUAUGAAUUUUUUUAUUAUUAAUAAUGAUAUGUAUAUAGGCUAAUGGAUAGUUAUACCUCUACAAAACUAAUGCAAUAUAAGAUCUUCUGUGAAAUGACUGCAAACAAGAGUUUUUAUUGAUGAAACAUCCUUUAAAUUCUACAAUGCAACUUGUUCAGUGUAACUAGAGUCACCCAAUAUUUUUAGAGGUGUGUUAAAAACAAAGUAUUUUAAUAUCGUUUGUUUUGGACAAGCCACAGUAUAUUGGUAGCUAGAUUUCCUUUGCUUUUCAUUUUGAUAUUGAUAGCCAUGAUUUUGUUUUCUCAAUAUCUUUUAUUUUCCCAUACCAUAUGCAAGAAGAAUGUGCUGAAAUUUCUAUGCCAUGUUAUUAUCGUUAAAUCCAUUUUGUCAUUGAUGAACAAAUUAUCUCAGCAUGAUGCUGUGAUUGGUCAGAUAUUAGAAUGACAGUAACUGUAUUUCUUCACCUAUAUGCCGAUCCCAGCUAUAAGCAGAGACCCUAAUAGUUCAAGACCUUCCAACAGACUUGUGUUGUCCAAAAAAAAAAAAAGGCAAAACCAUCAGCUAUAAGCUGAGAGCAGAAUUAUUGAUUGUAACUAGCCAUUUGAGUCAGCAAACUUCACGGAAAUCAUUGGGUAAUGGCUAACUGAACACAAAAGCUAAUGAACUAAAAUAAACACGAAAGAAAAAAGCGAAUCAGUGAAGAUGUAAUCACUACCGUGCGACUGCAGAAACACAACAAUACUCUCAGUUACUGUAACCUGACAAUUGUUUCAAUUGAGUAUCUCUCUCCUUGCUGUUAUUUUUCUCAUCAUGCCAAAAGCACGCCGCUCUUCAUAUACUAUGGCUUUCAAGAUAAAAGUUAUCACAGAAGCUGAAGCUAUAGAAAACAACUCAGAAAUCGCUCAUGGGAAGCAAAGAAUCUGAUUGCUGGUCUGGAAUAUAUUGUUGACAAUUUUAAAACAUGUCAUGUAAAGAGUACUGCAGUCACAGAAUUUACGGUCAGUUGGCAUUAACAUUAAGUUUGCAAUUGUACUUGUUUUUGAAUCCCAAACCCUCAGCUAUAAGCCGAACCCCAUUUCUUAUGAAAAAUCUCCCAAACUUUUGUGUCUAAUACUGAAAAAAUUGCUUGGCUUAUAGCUGAAGAAAUACAGUAAGUCUGAGAGGUUUUCUGUCAAUUCAUCCAAUGAUAAGCAGGAAAAAAAAGCAGCUGUUUAAAUUUGUUAUAAGUGUCACAGUUUUUGUUAGGUAGAAUGAUUCACUGACAAUACCUGUAUGCAUCAUUUCUGUUGCAGCCCUCAUGAACCUCAUUCUGCUCUUACAUGUGCAGAGCUAGACAGUGCUUCCAACAGACAUUUGUUGAUGAAGUCAGUAGCUACCUUAUGUGCUCUUGCAGGAUUUGAUAGUGAGUUUUUUAUAUUUGUUAUCAUAAAUAAAUAUCAUCCAAUUAUCUGCUUUUUCCUUUCCUUCCUGUCUUGUGUCAUGUUUUGUAUACCUUCCAGUCCUCAUGGGUGUUCAUCACUGAUCAUGGCAACAUACUUAUAAAACAUUAACAGUGGCAUUUGCCAAUUACCAAGUGUGAAUAUUAAACAUUCUUUUUAAGCCUUUUGAAGCCCUAGUUGAUAUCAGUUUGUUUCUCUGCCAUUCCAAGAUCUGAUUUGGUUUUUUAAUGUUGAGACCCCUCUAAAUGACUCAUGUGAACAGCUCAUCACCACUGCCACAAUCACUACUUUAGUAAUAUUGUGUCAAAAAACUAACAGUGCAAAUGACAUGGUAUCACUUCAUUUAAGAUACAAAUUUGUUGGUUUUUCAGUGGCCAGUGAAUCUUCUCUGGAAAUACUAACAGACAUCCUAGAUGACUUUAACACCAAGCUCUGUCGUCUUUUGAGAAUGAGUGUUGAUAAUAAUGCAUUAGGUGGAAGAACAGGUUUUCCAGUAAGUCAAACGUUAGCCAGUAAGAGCAAGCUCUUAUUCAUGUUUGCCACAGUCUUAUUUGUUUUUUAAAAAUCAGGUUUAAAACUCAGAGGUCAUUUUAGAAGUUUGAGGCUAACCAUCACUGUAGGCUUAAUGUAAGUUAUUAAUCUGGAAGAAUAUAUACAUUAUUUUAUUGAUUAUGUGUGAUAAGAUUAUUUAAAAGUUAGCAUCAUCAUUAACCAAUGAGAAUUCAGAGUAAAAAGGAAUACUGCAUGAAGUAUGAGAAAAUGCAAGUAACAAAGUUGCAUUUGGGUCUAGUUUUACGUCUGAUUGGGUGAGAGGUUAGUGCAAGUUUUCUGGGUCAGUCUCAGUUUGAGUAAAGUGAACAAAACCACAGCAGUCCUUGAUUACUUGCAACACCCAAUUGAAAAUUGAUUUUUUUCACAGCAAUAAAAAUGCAAGGCUUCUACUAUGAUAACAGAAUUUCUUUUCAUAGAAUUAUUCAAUCUGUGUAUUCCACACAGGUUAACCCUUUCACUCAGACACAAGAACUGAUUUUUCAUUCUCUUGCUAUAUAUACAUUUUCUUGUUAAGUAGUGGGUAAAAUUUGGUGUUAUAUCAAGAAAAUAUGCUCUUGCUGAUAAUUUUUUAUUCUUGUCACCUAGUUGCCAAAUCAUGUACCAAAAAAGUUAGGAGAAGUCAUAAAUCAAUCACUUCUGGGAGUAAAGGGAUUAAAAUGUCUAGGAAAAUGAAUUGAAUUGGAAAAAAAAUGAAAGAUGGUUAAAAUUACAAGUUUGAAUGAUCAGGGCUUUAAUCAUUAGAAGUUAGAUUGUGGAUUUCACAUGGAAGUUGUCCUGAUAAUAUAAGGUCUGAGUUUUUCAUGCCAUGCUAUGUAGGAUGCUAUGGAGUAUGCUCUGCAUGAGAUUGGGUUAGGUGGAUGUGCUGCUAUCCAUAAGUACUGGGUGCAAGGAAUACAGGAUUAUGCUGUAAAACUAGAUCAAGAGGAUAUGGAGAUGAUACAGGAAUACAAGGCUUUGAUUGUAAGCAUCCACUGAAUUUGGUACAUGUUUUUAAGUAUUUAUCAACUAAGUUGAUAAUGUGAAUUGGCCACUGUAAAGAGUUUCAAAGCUGACAUUUCAGGGUGAACCCUUCAUCAUUCGCUGCUCUUAGAAGGGCUGAUACUGAUACAUCAGCUUUAAAUCUCUUUCUGGUGGCCAAUUUAUGUUAUCAACUCAGUUGAUAAUUCUUAAUUACCCUGUUUAAUACUCUCCCACUUAUGCAGCACCACCACCAUUUCUUUAGAAACUUACCCUUAUUAUUCAUUUAGUACAUGUAGCUUAUGUUCAGUAUGCUGGACGUAUGUGCCAAUAUCUUCGUUGUCUUUAAUUUUUCUUAUUAAAGGGAGUUUAUUAGCAAUCCUUGACAUCAUUUUUAGCAAUCCUUGACAUCAUUUUAUCUCUCAAGUUUUCUUAUCUUGCACCACUCUUAAUCAAAUGUUUGAUCUUUAAAUUACUUCUCCUGAUUGUUAUUCUGAUCAGGUGAAUGAUCAAUUUUCCCAUAGGUUAUCAUUUGUUUAUUCAAAUUUAUUCUGCUAUCCCCUUUAAUGGAAAAAUUGCUGACCAAUCACUGAGAAAGUACAAUGUUUAAAGAAACAUCAUACUUCUCUCUAAUGGAUAGUAUUUUUCAGGCUCUGAACAACCAGGGAAUGUGUUUAUCUUUUAAAAGGCACAUCUAACAAUCAUGGCUAAAAGUAAAUGGAGUGUGUCAGUGAAACAGAUGAAAGAAACUAUUUAUGUUUGUCAGUCAACGAUCCUUCUUUCACCUGCUUUCUCUUGCAAUUUGUUGAGGUCAUCUAAAGAUUCAGAAUGAUUCAGAGUAGAUAUGAAGCAAUUAUUUAAAUGUUGUUUUCCCUCUCUGAAAUUAUAAUUGAAAUAGCAACAAAUUGGUUGUUCUUCAAGAUAAAAAUUUAAUCAUGAUUUUUAUACUGAAAAAUAUGAAAUGAGGGUCUCAAUCUUGAAGACUGAAUAGUCAUUUUUGCCUCAUGUACACUGUUACUGUGAAGAAUUUAUGGAACUACAGUAAGCCAGGAUAAAAACUCUAAGAGAACUUUGUACUUUUUCACAGGAUCCAUCAGCUAGGAAAUCUGCAACAGUUUCUAGUGGAGGAGGAAACUCUCAAGGAUACAUGUAAGUUUAUUUAUCAUUACAGCAUGUUAUAACUUUGACUAGUGCUUUGGCUUCUUCACAGUUUUCCAAAAAGAGCUGGAUGUCUUGUUUGGUUUAAUUUUGUGAAAGAUAACUUAAAAGAAACUUAGUCAUUUUAACUUGGGGAAGAAAGCCAACUGAGUUGGCACAUGCUUCUUUAAACUGAAUAAAGAAAGUACAAAAUAAAGUGAUUUGAUUGGUUUUCCUUAUGGUUUUAGAAAAUUCCACACAAGCAAAUUCAGCUUGUGCUCAGGAAUGAAAAAAACUUCACAUAUCUUAUUUUCUGUGAGAUAAAACUCUUCCCAUGCUUUCAUAUCUUUUUGGUUUUUUUUGUAAUUUUUGUAUCAUAACACUGACAAUAAACCCAGGAAAAGCAUUUAAAAUUGACUAACAUAAAACUUCUCCCUACAAUAUCUAUACAUUCUUCAGCAAACAGGUAAUGAGAAUAUUCAAACCUAUCAGGUAGAAGCUGCUAUCUUGAUCUAGCACCAAGUUUUCAUAACUAAUUUACAAGGAAAUGUGUAGCAGCAAGAAGGGAGAAUUAACAAUCAGAUCUUGGGAGUUAAAGGGUUAAUAUGUUUUCUUUAUCCUCUGCUCCUUUUUACAACUCCAUUGCCAAAUUGUUGAAAAAUGUCUAAUUUUUUUUAGUCUGCUUCACGCAAUUUAUUAUUAUUGUGUAUGUAAUCAAAUUGGUAAUCCUGAGCCAUCUUUCCCACUUGGAUAGCCAGUCAGAACACAGGAUUUGCUUCAUAUUGCCCUCAGGCACUGCUAGCUAUAUAUUAAUAAGUCAUCUUCUUGCACAAGAUAAUUCACAUUCAUGACAUCUCUCUCCACCCUCAAACAUAAGUGGGUACCAGGAAACUUUAAGGGAAAAUUUAAGACAAGGAUAGCAUCAAGGCAUCCCAUCCAGGGGAAUUGGCAACCAUCUUUAAUUAGUGGCUUCAUAGUGCAGAAACCAGGUUAAAUGCUAGCAAUCAUGGUUCACAAGCUCUGUAAGAUUUUAGCUUCUUACCCUUAAGAGAGGCUAGCAUCUAAUUUUUCUUUGUAGUGUCACAUGCACCCCUGAGUUAAACAUUAAGGCUGAGAAAAUAAAGGAAAAUUUUUAAAAAAUUCUCAGUGUCAGCACAAUAAGAAAUGUGUAGGGAAUGGUAUAGAGAACAGGUAUACUCAUGUUAGGGUGUAAAGGGUUAAACUAAUUCUGACUUUUUCAUUUUUCCUUUCCCCCAGAGUCAAAGAUGAAGUGGAACUGAAAGGAAGUGGAUUAUCAUGUAAAACAUCUGUUGGGGUGAGUGUGCUUCAGGGCCUAAGGAGUACUGUUUCAACCCUUAAACUGCUAAGAGUGACUAGCAUCUAAUUUCUCCUUACAAUAUCGCCCCAAAUUACACAAUAAGGUCAUGAGAAUUAAUGAAAUGAUCACCAACUAAAGAAGGUCUUGAUUGUUAAACAAAUUACCCUAGUCAACACCUCAGGAAAUGUACAGAGAACAGUAUGGACAAUAUACAUACUGGUGCUAGGAUGUAAAGGGUUAAACGACUCCCUACUUCAUCAGGCUUCAAACCUUUUAUUAAAAGUCACUGUUUGUUUCCCUUUUUGAUUGCUGUGUGGUGUCUAUUAAGAAGUCAAACACAGAACAGAAGCAAACAAGAUGGUUUACAGAGAAAGAAAUUUAGUUAGCCAAUGAACAUUUCACACAACUUGAGAAAUGUUCCAGAUUAUGAAGCGAUCCUUCCUGGCUCCUCAUACCUGUACAUGAUCUGAGCUGUUUUGUGUCAAACGAAAUAAAUAGAAUACAUAUAAGAAAAUUGUUUGUGGAAGCCUAAUCUGCCCAUUACUAUAAAACCAAGUCCAGUCACAUCUUUUCUUUGCAAAAUCUGAUCAUACUUAAACAGACUGUUUUCUAAACGAGAUGUUGCUCUCCUAUUGCAGACAGACACAUCAGACCAGGGCCCAGAGUUAUCACUUUUAAGGUACUGUAGUGAAAAUUUUUCCACGUCACCGCGUUAAUGGAAAACAGUUUAGAAAAAAUGAGUUUUUGCUAUAUACCUAUACUUUCACUCAACAGAACGAGCACUGUGAUUGGUUGUUUCUUGGUCACGUGCCCCUGAUCAAAUUCAAAUGUAUUUCAACCGGGAUACAAUUGCGUAGUUGUUGCCUGCGCGCCGAAUACAACAGCAUGUUUUUGCCAUAUGAUUGUUGAAGGGAAAGUCUAAAUAUACAACAAAGCACUUAAUGUAUGGUCCCACGGGAAACUAGUUAGUUUUUUUUCCCACUAAGUGGACCACACAUUAAGUGUAUGUUGUUGUAUAGUGAUGUUAACUCUUUAAAUACUCUGGCAAAGUCAGAAAACAUGUAUUUACUUUCUUAGUCCUCCCCAAUCAACUCUUUAAGAAUUAGAAAGUGUAGUCUUGAUGAACAUUUACAAUAUGUUAUUUUUGUAUUGGCCAAUAUUGGCCCACACUGGCAAUGCAGACAGUUUCCAUUUAACAAAUGUCCUUUUAUGUCUCGCUUUCAAUUUAUCAGCUUUCUUUGGUUCAAACCCUAUUUAAUGCUGAUCUAGUUCCUAGCUCUGUGUUGCAUGUGUCACGGGGUCUGUCUUGUGAAAAAAAGAAACAUUUUUGGCACGCAAUGAUAUCGAUUUCAUGUUAAGAACCAUUCUUUGCUACUGAGCCGGCAGUAUAAUGAAUUCCUCUAAUUGUUAUAUUGAUAUUACCAUGAGUUGAUUUAUGAUGUUGCGACUAUAAUUAUAAUCAGGCUAUUUUAGUGUCGUUUGACUUAUUUUCUUCUGUGUUUUAUGUUUCAGUCCAUAUGGGAUGGUUUCCAGUGGAACCAAUACUGGUAAGAGUGACCCGCAAUUUUUGUUUUUAUUAGAACUGCGGGAUUUUGGAACUCGAAACACGAUUGAUUCUCUUUUCAAUGACCUCCUUGGGGAAACAAGGCCAAAAUAUUUCGAAAACAGGUAAAGGAAAGCUGUCAAACAGAGGGUGGUAAUACGCAACAAAUUGGCCCUCAGAAGAAUGGGUUUUAUUUACAAUUCCUUGAUAACUGCUAUUGCUUUCGUUGGAGUCUUGUCUAACUUACAAAUGCUCUCCAACUGCUAUAAAAACAAAGCAAGUAACACAUUUUUGGAGGAAAGGUGGACUGUCGUAUUCUGUCAAGCUGUUUAUCAAGUCUUCGUUCUUGUCACGAACACAGUAAGCUCGUGGACAGGCUUUAACGCACUUUGUGGGGAACAUGAUUGCGAUCACUGCAAUGGAAUGUAUACGUCAGUGGCAACCUUUAUGGUGUUUUUUGUUAGUGGAAGUUUGGCUUUCUUUGCCAAUGAACCUCGAUCUGUACCGUGUCGAAAACGAGAAUUAAUUCCUUCAUAUGCAAUUAAUACAACAGCAGUUUUAGCGCUGGUUUUGGCCGCUUUUGUAACGAUCCGAUGCCGGCUCAAUCGUUUUUGCGAAGAUACACUGUUUUAUCUGAUGGCAAUCAAUUUGAUAACGACAAUAACAAUCGUGCUUCUAUUGCAUGUGGCUUUUGGGUCGUGUAAACCGCAACUUGAUGCGGCUGCUCCGAAAGUGUCUUGGAUAAAGUUUUGUGUGAAGAAUAAGGGAACCGCAUUGUUUGUAGCUUUGUUUAUUGCGUGUUUCGGAGUAAUGCUUCCUUUUCAAAAGGCGCUCAAUCUCCUCCUUUUGAAUGCUGCCGUUGGGAUUGCUUUGCCUAUGGCAUUCAACGAUUUGAACGGUUCAGGCUGUGAAACGGAAAAAGAGAUCGGAGGUCUAGUAAUUUCCAAGUGACGAUUCUUAUGUUGAAGGCAUUUUAUGUCGAGCAGAUAUUGCAAGCUACUAACUGAAUUGAUUUUUUUUAUGAAGUUCUUCGUUUUUUUUUUGUUUUUUUUUUGUAUUUUAUUAAUUUUUAUUAAUUCAAAGUUACAUACAUUUUUCAUAAACAAACAUAAUUCACAUAAACAAACAUAAUUCACAUAAACAGACAGACACGGUACAUCAUAUAUCUACAUACACAAUCCACUGUUCCUCUUAGCUCUCCUCGGCUUCUAAAUAUAAUACUAGUACAGUGCAGCAACAAACAUGAGAUUCUAUAUCAUCUAAUAAUUUUUUUUUUCCGUAUUUCUGUGGUAGAAUUGCAUCGUUGUAAAUUACUUUUCCGAAAGGAGCCCACUGAAAAAAAAACAAUUAUGAGGCAGGUGCCUGGAUGAACUGCAUGAUUAAUACAAAAAUGUCGUGACAAGACCUGCAUUUUAAAUAGUUGUAAUUGUUAGGGUAGCGUUCAUUAAUUCAAGUUAAUAUUUCACUUAAGAACCACGAGAGAAAACAAGGCUUCACAUUUUGGGUUUAUUUUAGUCAGCCUUACCUUUUACCUCUUCAUUGUUAACUAUUUCUGGCGCAGUCGGCAUCAAGACAAAAUUAGUAUCUUGCAAAAACUUUCUGGUAUUCACCUGGUAACAAUAAUGUUUUCAUGGACAAAACAAAAAAGCCAAAUUGGAACUUGCUAGCAUUUAAAACAACCCUCUGGCUAUAUAGCAGGUAAUUUAGUGUUAACAACUGGGUUGAAAACGUAAAUUGGCCACCGUAAAGGGUAAAAAAGCUGACGUAUCGAGCGUUAGCCCUUCGUCUAUCGCUCUGACGGAGGGCUAACGCUCGAAACGUCAGCUUUUUUACCCUUUACGGUGGCCAAUUUACGUUUUCAACCCAGUUGUUAACACUAAAUUACCUGCUAUACUCUCCCACCGACGCAGCACCACAGUUUCUUCAGAAACUUACCCCUUUAUUCCUCUGGCUAUAUACCCCGUCAACCGAAUAAUUUCAAAGAAUUUCCAUCGAAAAAUUCGUUCAUAUUUAGGAGUAUCAGUUGUUUUUUAGGAAUAUCGAGCGAUUCCAAAAAAUGCCUAUGUCGUGUUCGUAUGCCAUAUGCCUGUGAAUUCUGAUUUUGGGCUUUUUCCUUAUUGCUUUUUUCUCUUUUCUAUCACAGCAAAGUAGACUUAAAUUGGCCACCGUGAAGAGUUUCGAAGCUGACGUUUCGAGCGUUAGUCCUUCGUCAGCGAAUGGCUAAGGGCUAACGCUCGAAACGUCAGCUUUGAAAAUCUUUACGGUGGCCAAGUUAUGGUACCAACUCAGUUGAUAAUACCAAAUUACCCUGUUACACUUUCCCAUCGAAGUAGCACCACAGUUACUUUAGAGAAUUACCCCCUUUAUUUGCGCGUCAUUCUAGCCUAUUUAGUUUUGGGAAUUUAAAGGAAAAUAUCCAUCGAUCGUAAGUUUACCUUACUCUUUUAACAUAUGAAGACUGUGCACUGAUCAUACUGCUACGAGAAAAUAGUUCUCUGAAAUUAUGAAGCACUAAUUGUUGGCUGUUAUAAGUUUUGAUCAAAGCAAUCCUUCUCUUAUCGCGAAUUCGUAAUAAAAAGGUGUUUAGAUUCCGUGGAAACUGGUUCUUUCGGUAAGCUAUGCUCCACCUGCUCUUGGAAACAAUGUUAAUCGGUUUAGUAGAAGAAAAGGUAAUUGCUUUUGUUAAAAACUGAUAUCUGUUUAUAAACUCCGUGGUAGUUAUACCCUUCUUUUUCCAAUCCUUUUUAGUUUUCGCUUGGGGUUGAUCCCAUUCAUAAUUCAGCAUUAAGGAAGAAUUCCUUUAUUUUUAAGUUUAGCGCGGUUAACACCUUUUUCUUUCAAGGUGGUUUUAUUGUUAACAAUUUCUUCUAUUUAUCUUCCGCACUGAAUCUACAGCCACGAGGUUUUUUCGAAGUGUACGCAGCUCGUUGUACAGUCUCUUCCUACUCCAACUUCUGUUUUUCUUAAUGUUACAUGAAAGCCUUUAAACGCUGUUUUUUCCUUUAAAUCACCUAUAUUGUCUAAUUCUAAUUUCCUCAGUACAUGUAGAUAUAUCUCGUUUCUGUUUUGCCGGAUCUUAACUGAGACUGUAUGAAAAUUCAGAUGAAAAGUCACCUUGUGAAGAGUCAACAUUUUGAACAAAAAUGUUUCAAAAGCAAGAUCGACUUCUCGUGAUUCAACGCGAUUCGUUAACUAAGUGGAGUGAUGGAUAAACAUUGACAGCUUAGUUACUAUCACCUUUAUAAACAGAUGAACAGCAUAUUCUAAUCGAAUUGACUCCCCCAUCGUCCGAACAAAUUCUUGCAAUCGGGCUCUCUUAUUAGAGGUCGUUACCUCCCCGAUCGACAAACAAAAUUGUUGCGAUAGGGAGCUCUUGGCGGAGCUCGUUGCCUCCCCAAUCGUCCAACACUGAAACUUGUUGCGAUUAGGUGCUCUUAACAGAGUUCAUUGACUCCCUGAUCGACCAACAAAAAUCUUGCUAUCGGGAGCUCUUAUCAGAGCUCGUUGACAUCCGGAUCGAUAGACAAAGUUCUUGUGAUUGGGAGCUCUCAUCAGAGUUCAUUGACCCCCCGAUCGACAGACAAACUUCUUACGAUCGGGAGCUCCUAUCAGAGCUCAUUGACUCCUAAGUUGACUGAUAAACUUCUUGUAAUCGGAAGCUCUCAUCAGAGCUUAUUGACUCCCCCAUCGUCCAAAUAGAUUCUUGCGAUCGGGCUCUCUUAUUAGAGGUCGUUACCUCCCCGAUCGACACACAAAAUUGUUGGUAUUGAGAGCACUUAUCAAAGCUCAUUGACUCCUUGAUCGACCAACAAACUUUUUGCGAUCGAGCUCUCUUAUCAAGUGGGUUCAUGUCUGACGUAAACUGGAAGCCGAUGGGAAAAUAUUUUUUGUAUCCAUUGAGCAAAAAUGAGGGAUCUUCUCAGCUGUUGCCUCGAGAUGUGUCUCCUAGUAUCCUUUGCGCUCUGCUUUGAUGAAAUUUAAAAGGAGUGCCAUGUUUGUGUAGCUGUCCCCAAAACUUGAACUGUGGUCACGAACUCUGUUUCUUAAACCUGCUGAACAGGAGACAAAGAUCCUUCGAUGUAUCGUAUAUAGCAGAGGGUAUUUAUCUUUCCUCUGUUCAGUUGUAGAUACUGCCUUGUAUGCGCAGAGAUUUUUUUGAUUAUAUCAGAACUUGCUUUUCCUCUGAGAUCCAGGCACAGAAUGCUUUCUACUGCAUCCCAAAAAAGCUCCCAUCAAAAGCUUAUGUGCUCUAACUCUGCAGAUGAAAGAUUUUAGUUCGAGGAGCGUGAUUGUGGAAUAAAAGAAAUAAGACUGGGUUCUGUAGAAAUAUCUUCUAUACCACGUUCUUGAAAUUUCAUGACUAUUGCAACUAGAAAAUUAAACGCGAAAUGAAAUCCUCCAAACAAUUCAUAACGUUUUCAGACUCCUCAGGGUGUUUCUACUGAAUUUCUUUUGCCUUUGUAUAUAGAGCAAGAUCGACGGUAAGGUAUUUUUCGAGUUAACAACAUCUGCCAUUUAUUAUUUUCCUUUUUUUUAAUCAUAUUUCACAAAAUUACGUUUCUUCUUAAUUUCCUUAGCAACCGUUGCUGUGGUAUCGGUUCACCAACCAGCCAAAAUUUUCCUGGACUUAAGUUUUAUCUCCCCUCGUUUUGGAACACAUAAUUAUUGGUACUUCCAAAAGCACUUCAAACCCCUUUCCCCCUCCAUAGCAAGUCACUGACCCCACAACUUGUGACUACGACUGACGUAACGAUAAUCUGUGGGUAUCAGCCUAUCAGUCUAUCAAACCUCUUUUGUAGGGGGUGCUACGAGGUCGACUGUUUCUGGCUUCGCAUCGACUUAACAUGCUAAAUUGAAAAUUAAAGUAGUUUUCUUCUUGAUCGUGAAUUUUUUUUUGAUCAAAUUAAUAGUAACUUGUCCAAAGUAGUUUGCAAAGUUCAAUAGUAAUUUUUCACGACGAGAAAAGUUCUCAUUGUAAAAUAAGGUCGCCAUGAUGAAAAGAGAUGAUCAACUAACCGUUAUAUUUUUGGUGAAUCGCUUGCAAUGUGUAUCAUUUCCAUACAUAUUCCCAACAUAUAUGGAAAUUUAUUGCUGGAUACUUAUUUUUUGUUUUAACAUUAUGAAACAGUACACCAUGUUCUACAAAUAUGUUCAGAGUGCGCGUCAGGGUGCAGGCGAAAGUUGAGGGAGAGCUUUGGUACUUUUUCAUAGUAACUGAACUUCAAAACUUCCCAGUGAAAAUCGAUGCUCGAAAAGCUCUUGGAGAACACGAAGGCGUUGCAAGAUUUAUUGUCAACUAUGCUAUCCGCUUUCAUUUAUCCCACUGUAAUGUACCUGAAAAUUUGUACUGUUUUUGUUGUUCUUUUGUUGUUAUCAAUAGGAGAAGGAAAUAGCGAUCCCACCUCACCCCAGUGGGGAAUGUCAUAUAUUAAGGUAAGAGAUUAAAGUAUUAAAUGAAUGUAUCGUAUUAGGAGUUUUGGUGUGUGGUAUCGCUGAGUAUUUUUACGAGUUGUAGAUGAAGCGUCCAUGUUAUGUCCAUAACAUGUUCCAUACAUAAUACAUCCCAUAAUGAUACUAGGUAUAACACUAUUCAUGUGUGGUUUACAAUGUGUCCCAUUGACGUUGUUCUAUCAUGUUAACCCCCAUCUAACCUUAGAAUUAACCAUGUUAUAACACAUUAACCCCCGACUACCAUAAGUUCAUCAUGUUAUACCACAUUAACCCCCAGCUACCCUAAGUUAACCAUGUUAUACCACAUUAACCCCCAUCUACUCUAAGUUAACCAUGCUAUACCUCAUUAACCCCCUACUACCCUUAGUUAGCCAUGUUCUACCAAGUUAACCUCCAUCUACCCUUAGUUAACCAUUUUCUACCACAUUAACCCACACGACGCCGAACUAAAGAGGGUCUUGAUUGUUGAGCAAAUUCUCCUUUUCACCACCUCACAAAAUUGUUAGAAAACAGUAUGGAGAAUACACAUACUGUUCUUAGAGUGUAAAGGGUUAAAAGGAAGACUCUUGCUAGUUACAUUAAUACAUAUUGUUUUGUUUUCUUACAGACUGAAGGUGAAGAAGAUGAGUCAUACGAGGACCCAAUGAAUGUUGUUCCGAAAACGCCACAGUCAUAG